AUGAGCACGAAGUUGUAUGGGGUCCAUUUUCGACCUCAUCGAUUACCGCGUCGUGUCAGCAGUAUCUACUUCGGUGCAGUGUAUUCACCCCCAGGAAACGCCAAUGAGUGCGAUCUAAUACAGUACCUCAUUCGGAGUGUUGACAUCAUCAAAACUGCGCAUCCCUAUGCCGGUGUUGUAAUCCUCGGUGAUUUGAAUCGCAUGGACAUUUCCCAAAUCCUCAGUGGAUGUCACAUGAAGCAAGUUGUCCGGACCCCGACAAGAGGUAACGCGAUCUUGGACCAAAUCAUAAGCAAUCUCGAUCUCUUUUACCAAGAACCAUCUUUGUUAUCCCCCAUUGGCCUUGCCGACCACAACAUUGUAAUCUGGCUACCCAAAGAAGUCAAUAAUAGACCACGCAAUAAGGCUAAAAAACGGAUUGUCCGACCAAUGAAAGACUCGGACAUAAGAGCUUUUGGUGAGUGGAUAACUCACAACGACUGGCGAGAUGUUCUUGCCGAGUCUCAGCCGCAAGCCAUGUGUGAUCACUUCUACCAAACGCUGCAAUCAAAGGUGGAUGUGCACUUCCCAACAAAGUCAAUUAAACUCCAUCCGACUGACAAGCCUUGGAUAACGCCCCGUACGAAAGAGCUUAUUAACCAAAGACAAAUAGCAUUCAGCAACAACUCUCAAGGAGCUUGGAAAUCUCUACGCAAACAAGUCCUUCGCGAAAUCUCUAGAGCAAAACGCUUUUUCUAUCGCGAUCGUAUCCAAAAUCUUAAGAGCGAUAACCCCUCAUCUUGGUACAAGAACAUUAAAGUCAUGUCUGGUCAUUCAAAUUCGCAAGCAGACAUAAUCCGAGUUCCGACUGUUGAAGACAAUGACCCAGUGAAAAUAGCUACCGCCAUUAAUGAAUUCUUUGCAAAUGUUAACGUUGAUAUCCCCGAACUACAUUUGAGAGACCUACCAUCGUACCUGCCAGCCCAAACACCGCCCCCACAUGUUCAACCGUGGGAAGUCAUGAGUGAAUUGAAGAAGAUCAAGCCUGGCAAGUCAAGCGGCCCUGACGGCAUUCCUGGACGCCUCGUUCGGGAAUUUGCUUGCGAACUCUCAAUUCCCCUGUCAGGGAUACUAAAUGCAUCCUAUCAACAUAACAAGGUCCCAACCCAGUGGAAACAGGCAAUAAUUGUCCCCAUCCCUAAAGGUCCUACAUCUGCAACUUUGGAUAAACUGAGGCCUAUAUCCCUCACCGACCACUUUUCCAAAAUUGCUGAGUUGUUUAUAACCAAGCUUCUGUUACGCGACAUUAACCCUCAUUUGGACAAACACCAAUAUGGAAGCAGACCGAGCCUCUCAACUACCAUUUGCAUCGUCGACCUAAUCAACUACCUUGCUAAAUCAGCUGAGAAACCUCGGAACUGCCACUACCGUAGUAUGCACCGACUUCAGCAAGGCAUUCGAUCGGGUCAACCACACUAUCGCGAUUAA